ACGAGGCUGUGGGUGGGAGGGGUGCACAGCUGUGAACGGUGUGAAAGCCCCGCCCCUUGCGCCCUCGGCCCCUCCCCUCCCCCCAUCGCGGUGCUCUGGGGGGCAGGGCCCGGCCCUCUCCUGCCCCUCCCGGGGUGCUCCGAGUUCUCCAGCUGCCCACAGAGCCGCCCAGGCUUGGCGCCCCCACCCCCAGCUGCAUGGACACCAGGCCCGUCCUCUGCCAGCCCGGGCACCGAGUGGCUCAAGGGGAUCCGCGCCCUGCAGCAGGACUACCCAGGGAGCAGAGCAUCCUCUUGGCACUGGCUCUGCUCAAAACCACCCAAAGGCUUUGAGAAGUAUUUUAAGAAGAAUGGAAGAAGUUCCGGCCCAGCAGAGGAUGCUCACGAGACUAAAGGCCUCCCUAAUCCAAAAGCGCUCGGUCAUGGGGGAGAUGGCGGAGGAGGUGGUGGCAAGAGAGGAGGGAAGAAGGAGGAUUCUGGGUGGUGGAGGCGCAUGUGGAAGGGAGAGUUCCCCUGGGAUGACAAGAACUUCGGCUACCUGGCUGUCAUGGGGGCAGGCGCUGCCGUGGGAUUCCUCUAUUUUUUUUGGCGAGAUCCUGGCAGAGAAAUCAACUGGAAGCAUUUUGUCCAUUACUACUUGGCUAGAGGACUGGUGGACCGUCUGGAAGUGGUGAACAAACAGUUUGUGCGUGUGGUCCUUGUGCCGGGUGUGACCUCGGAGAGGUACGUCUGGUUUAACAUCGGCAGCGUCGAUGCCUUUGAACGGAACCUGGAGACUGCCCAGCUGGAGCUGGGAAUGGAAGGUGCUCAGCGGGUCGCAGUGAUUUACACCAGGGAGAGUGACGGCACAUUCCUCAUGAGCAUGGUGCCCACUCUGCUGCUGGUUGGCUUCCUUCUGUUCACUCUGAGACGUGGGCCAAUGGGAGCCGGGCGCGGAGGACGAGGGGGCGGGCUCUUCAGCGUUGGCGAGACCACGGCCAAGAUCCUGAAAGACAACGUCGACGUGCAGUUCCGAGACGUGGCCGGCUGCGAGGAAGCCAAGCUGGAGAUCAUGGAGUUUGUGAACUUCCUGAAAAACCCCAAACAAUACCAGGACCUGGGUGCCAAGAUCCCAAAGGGUGCUGUGCUCACGGGCCCACCGGGCACCGGAAAAACCCUCCUGGCCAAAGCAACGGCGGGAGAAGCCAACGUUCCCUUCAUCUCGGUGAAUGGCUCGGAGUUCCUGGAGAUGUUUGUGGGUGUGGGGCCCGCCCGGGUUCGGGACAUGUUUGCCUUGGCCCGCAAACACGCCCCCUGCAUCCUGUUCAUCGAUGAGAUCGACGCUGUCGGUCGGAAGCGGGGCCGGGGGAACUUCGGGGGGCAGAGCGAGCAGGAGAACACCCUGAACCAGCUGCUGGUCGAAAUGGACGGGUUCAACUCCAGCACCAACGUGGUGGUGCUCGCAGGAACAAAUCGCCCAGACAUUCUGGACCCUGCGCUGAUGAGACCAGGGCGCUUUGACCGUCAGAUUUACAUUGGUCUGCCUGAUAUCAAAGGCAGAGCAUCCAUCUUUAAGGUCCACCUCCGGCCCCUGAAACUGGAGGAAAGCGUCAGCAGAGACGCCCUGGCUCGGAAAUUGGCAGCAUGGACUCCAGGAUUCACUGGUGCUGACAUCUCCAACGUCUGCAACGAGGCUGCCUUGAUUGCCGCUCGCCACUUGAAUCCCUCUGUUGCCGAGAAGCACUUUGAGCAGGCCAUCGAGAGAGUCAUCGGGGGUCUCGAGAAGAAGACCCAGGUUCUGCAGCCGAACGAGAGGACCACAGUGGCCUAUCACGAAGCUGGACAUGCCGUGGUGGGGUGGUUCCUGGAGCAUGCUGAUCCCCUGCUGAAGGUGUCCAUCAUCCCCAGGGGCAAGGGGCUCGGCUACGCGCAGUACCUGCCCAAGGAGCAGUACCUGUACACCAAGGAGCAGCUGUUCGAUCGCAUGUGCAUGAUGCUGGGCGGCAGGGUGGCUGAGCAGCUGUUCUUUGGGCGCAUCACCACGGGCGCUCAGGACGACUUGAGGAAGGUGACGCAGAGCGCCUACGCCCAGAUCGUCCAGUUUGGGAUGAGUGACAAGCUGGGCCAGGUCUCCUUCGACUUCCUGCGGCAGGGCGAGAUGCUUGCAGAGAAACCAUACAGCGAGGCGACGGCCCAGCUGAUAGACGAGGAGGUCCGAAGCCUCAUCAACUCUGCAUACGAAAGGACCCAGGAGCUACUGACGCGGUGUCACGACCAGGUGGAGAAGGUAGGAAAGCGUCUCUUGGAGAAAGAAGUGCUGGAGAAAGUGGACAUGGUUGAAUUGCUUGGCCCCAGGCCCUUUGCAGAGAAAUCCACCUAUGAGGAGUUUGUAGAUGGCACCGGGAGCUUGGAUGAAGACACCUCCCUCCCAGAGGGCCUGAAGGACUGGAACUGCGAGAGAGAUGAGGAGAGCCAGGAGGAGAGAGCACAGGAGAGCACCUCCUAGCAGUGAGAGCCAGCUGGGGAGGACCGUGCCAGAGCUGCUGCCAGCCCUUGCCGCUGGGUGGGCCCCGGUCUCCAGGGACCCUUUCUGAGUGCGUCUCCGGUGAUACUGCUGACACUGGACAGAGCCAUCCAGGAGGCCGGAGCAGGAGCGAGGCUGUCUGUAAAUAGGAACAGCAGACAAGGCCCCUGCACUGCCGUGGUAGGGCUGGUGCACUGGCUUUCCCUCUGAAAGCUGCAGGUCCCGCCCUCUCCUCUCCCCAGGGGCCAUCCUAUGGCCUGGCUGGCUGACACCCAGUCAGGACAAGUGCUCGUUCCCACUGGCCGGUACAGCAGCUGCUUUCUUGGUGCUCAUGGCCCAGUCUCUGUGGGCCUGUUCAGUCUGUGCAGGGUGGAUGGAGCAUGCUUCUGCCAGCAUCCACCUCUCCCCAGUAGCUGUCCCAAAGCCAGCAACCCCGGGAGGGUGCUGGAAGGACUCCCCAGCCAUGGGGCGGAGGCUGGGAGCGCAGGCGAGCAGUAGGGUGAGCUGUCCAGGAGCCAGCUCUCCUCUGAUUAGCGACUCUGUCUAGGAUGCGGUUACCCUAGUGCUACCACAGCAUCCUCCCCCACUGUACCCCCCCCCCCCCCCCAGCACAGCCAGCCCUGUAUGAGGGAGGCCAAGGAUCCCGGGGCAUGUCCUAUGGCUCCCUGGGGCUUUAGAAGAGCCAACGCCAAAGCAGAGGGGAGGGUGCGCAGACGGGGCAAGAUCCUCCCCUGCGAGUUCCUGUCCUCAGUGCCUUCCAUGCAGCCUUUGCAGGUUUGCAGCCGCACUCCAGUGAAGUCCUGCUUUGCCCUCGUAUCCCUGUGCAUAGGCAGUGACUGAGCAAGGACAGAGGUCUAGGAGACGAGCCAGAACAAGUCCAAAGAGCCUUUCAGAGCCGCGGCCACGCGCGCCUGGUAGAAAGAGCCUACCUGUGGGCAGUCACUGCAGGGCUCGGCUGAGAAAGGCCCCCCUUUCACCCGAGGCACCCGGCUCCAGGGGAGCCAAGAGCUCCGUGGAAAUGGGCUAACAAAAUGGUGCUAAUUAAGUGACGCUGCUGUGGGCUCUGCCCCCUAGCCUGGCCCACCCACCCUGUUGGACGUUGGCAGGAGUAACUCUGGCCCUGUAGGACUCAGUGAGUUGUCUGGCAGUGUGGGGUGCUGGUAGUCGCAAGUUCCCUAGCUCAGACCCCUGUUCUGGGGGGUUGUGACUGGCCGUGUGAGUUCCUGGGGGCCUGGCAGCGGGUCUCUUGGCCUGGGGUGUCUUUAUGGCACCUAUAGCCAUGUAUCAAAGCAGAGUAGCUGUUGGCCCAGACAUGCCUGGGCUAGAUCCUCUCUCCGGGCGGGGCGUUCCUAGCUCAGGCCGAUGGGGUGGAAAGGGAGGCCUAGCUUCUAAAAGCUGAGACGUGGAUUCCUUCCUUGCGUCGAGCCUGUGCCCUGACAGGGCGUGGGCUUUGCCUGCCCUGCCUACCUUGCGUGCAGGGGAUAGAUGUGGCCUGGGUGCGGCACUGGUGUGGCAUGGCGGAGCUUUGCGUUUGGGCCCCGUGCCAUGGCAGUUAGCAUGCAGCAUCCCUGCAAAGGGCGUUUCUCUGCCCAGCCCUCUGACCAUGGGCUCCUGAGUGAGCAGCAUUCAUGCUGCAGGCCCCAGCCGCUGGGGCCUGUGAGGGGAGGGGCAUCUGUAGCAACCGCAGACAACACCCCCAGUGCAGUUCAGAAGAUGAUGUUUUCGUGGUGGGAGGCAGCUUUGCAAAUGGCCUGUGCUCCCUGGCAGGCUGGGCUUCCCUGGCGCUGGUGCCAUGCUUCACUCCUGCCCCACCUGCCGCUCGGCCAGGAACACAACCGAAAGAUUGCAGCACCUCCCACUGCUGGAGGAGGCCGCUUCAGCCAGGCCGCUGGAUGGCAGCCAUAGUGCCUUCCCCUGCAGCCAUCGGCGUUUAGCUUUGGAGUCCCUUUACUUCCAUUUCACGAAGGCAAAUGCAGACAGCAUAACCCCCAUCUGUUACGCUGACAUCCCCCUCUGCCUGGUCUAGUCACUUCCCCUGGCUGCAGGAGGGUUGAGCUCAGCUACUCACCCCUGGGAGCAUGUUCCAGCCUUCUUGGGCUUAGGAACUGCAGUCCAUACUCCAGAGCCCGGUUCCCUCCUUGCCUCCAGGACCCACUGUCUGGGGGGCAGAGCUGGGCAUAUCUGCGUUGGGGGUGGAGGGGAGCACUGACUCUCAGAGCCCGGGUCAACUGACUCGGGCUGGUGCUAUGGAGCUAAAACUACCAGUCUAGAUGUGCCAGGCUCUCCUGGAAGCGUUUCACAUUCAUGUCACUCCGACAGGGACGUGCUCUGCUGGCUAGGCAGCUACUGUCAGUCAUUUCCGCCCCUUGUCUGCUAGCUGUCCUCUGCGGUUCUCUGACAUUUGCCGCUUCCAAAGCACAAGAAGCUGGUACCCUGCAGCUCUCCUCUGACUAGGGCCUGCGGAAAAGGCCCUGGCUUACUCAGCAGAGCUGCCCACUGUUUGUUCCAAGCCGGAUCUGCUGACUAGUGGUGAGAAAAGCAUUUACUGCCCUUUACUCCCGAAGGACCAGGACCACGUUGUGCUAGGCACGAAAUUCAGUCUUUACGCCACUGGAAGCAGCAGGCCUGCGCCGAUGGCGCAAAGGGCAUCAUGUGAAGGCAGGGGGAAUUACAUGCCUGGGGUUAAUGUACCCUGGAGCCCCACCAUUCCUGUGGCUGACGAAGGGAAGAAUCCUGCUUGAUGUUCACAUGGCAGGCUGAGUUUGGGGCACUGGCAGUUAGACAAAUCAGACCUUUGCUUGUAAAUGGAGCCCUCUGGCAGCUGGACUCACCACCCAUAAACACGAGCCACUCUGAUGGAAUCCCUUUGUGACAUCGCCACGGCACUGCGGCUGUCCUGCCUUCCUUUCCAGCGGUGCCAUGCAGGUAGGGAGCAAGGAGGGAAGGAGAAGAUGGAGCUGACUAUAAGUAUUAUUUAUAAUGUAUUUCUUUUCACAUGGUCUAGCUGGCGUAGCAGUGUGUGCUUGGGAGGGGGAGGGCAGCACGAAGGAAAACUAGCUUUGUCGUUGUCUCCGGCGAUCCAGCCACGUGUCCAGACCCCCUUUACCACUUUGAUAACUGCAGAGUUGUGAUUUCUAAUGCAGGGUGCCAAAUAAACCCAACCCCACUGUGGUGAGGGAUCAUU